UGUCGCGCUAAGACCUGCACAGGCCGCAGCAGCCGUAGGGAGGACGCCGGGACUCCCGGAAGCCGGGAAAUGGACUCAGUGGCAUUUGAGGAUGUGGCUGUGAACUUCACCUGGGAGGAGUGGGCUCUGCUGGAUCCUUCACAGAAGAAUCUCUACAGAGAUGUGAUGCUGGAAACCUUUAAGAACCUGGCCUGCAUAGGGGGGAAAUGGAAAAGCCAAAACAUUGAAGAUGACUACAAAAACCAGGGGAGAAAUCUAAGGUAUAUCAGAUCUCACACUGGACACAAACUAUGUAAGUAUCAGGAAUAUGGAGAGAAGCCAUAUAAAUGUCAGGAAUGUGGGAAAGCCUUCAGUUCUACCCGUUACAUUCGAAAACAUGAAAGGACUCAUACACAAGAGAAGCCCUAUGAAUGUAAACAAUGUGGUAAAGCCUUCAGUUGUUCCCAUUACAUUCGAAAACAUGAAAGGACUCACACACAAGAGAAACCCUACGUAUGUAAACAAUGUGGUAAAGCCUUCAGUUGUCCCAGUUCCUUUAGAACGCAUGAAAGAAUUCACACUGGAGAGAAACCCUAUGAAUGUAAAGAAUGUGGGAAAACCUUUAUUUAUUUCCCAAGCGUUCGAAGACAUAUGAUAACGCACACUGGAGAAGGACCUUGCAAAUGUAAAGUAUGUGGGAAAGCCUUUAACUGUCUCAGUUCACUUCAAAUGCAUGAAAGGAGUCACACUGGAGAAAAACCCUAUCAGUGUAAACAAUGUGGUAAAGCCUUCAGUCGUUCCAGUUCAGUUAGAAUGCAUGAAAGAAUUCACACUGGAGAAAAACCCUAUCAGUGUAAGGAAUGUGGGAAAACUUUCAUUUCUCUCCCACGUGUUCGAAAACAUAUGAUAACGCAUACUGGAGUUGGACCUUAUAAAUGUAAGGUAUGUGGGAAAGCCUUUAACUGUCCCAGUUCAUUUCGAGUACAUGAAAGGACUCACACUGGAGAGAAACCCUAUGAAUGUAAACAAUGCGGUAAAGCCUUUGGACAUUCCAGUUCCUUUAAAAUGCAUGAAAGAAUUCACAGUGGAGAGAAACCCUAUGAAUGUAAGGAAUGUGGGAAAACCUUCAUUUCUCUCCCAAGCAUUCGAAUACAUAUGAUAACACACACUGGAGAAGGACCUUGUAAAUGUAAGGUAUGUGGGAAAGCCUUUAACUGUCCUAGCUCAUUUCGAAUGCAUGAAAGAACUCACACUGGAGAGAAGCCCUAUGAAUGUAAACAAUGUGGUAAAGCCUUCAGUUGUUCUGGUACCUUUCAAAGGCAUGAAAGGACUCACACUGGAGAGAAACCCUAUGAAUGUAAACAAUGUGGUAAAGCCUUCAGUUCUUCCAGUUCAUUUCGAAUGCAUGAAAGGACUCACACUGGAGAAAAGCCCUAUGAAUGUAAACAAUGUGGUAAAGCCUUCAGUUCUUCCAGUUCUUUUCGAGUGCAUGAGAGAAUGCACACUGGGGAGAAACCCUACGAAUGCAAGGAAUGUGGGAAAGCCUUCAAAUUUCUCACUUCCUUUCGACAUCAUGAAAGAACUCAUUCUGGAGUGAAACCCUAAAGAAUGAAUGUGAGAAAUCUUUCAUUUAUUACAAAACCUUUUGAGCACACAAGUGAAUGCUUAAUAGAGCAAUACCUAUGUCAAAACGUGGGGAAAAAAAGCCUUCUAUCUUCCCACUUUAAUUCAAGGCCAUGAAAGAAAACUCACACUGGUGAGAAAACACUUGAAUAUAAGCAAUGUGUAAAAGAAUUCAGUUGGGGCCGAGCCCGUGGCGCACUCAGUAGAGUGCGGUGCUGGGAGCACGGCGACGCUCCCGCCGCGGGUUCAGAUCCUAUAUAGGAAUGACCGGUGCACUCACUGGCUGAGUGCCUGUCACGAAAACGACAAAAAAAAAAAAAAAAGAAUUCAGUUGGCCUACAUCCUGACAAAAUCAUGUAGAAAUACACACUGAAAUGAAACCCUACUAGUUUUGAAAUACAGGAAUGUUUUCAAUUUUAACAAGUACUUUAAAAAUCAUGUGAAAAGUUACUUUGGAGAGCAGUCAUAUAAAUGUAAGUAACAUGGAAAGCCUGGUGGAAAUUAUUUCAUGUCUUAUGAAUUCAUAAGAAAAUUCAUAACAUCAAAGAAAUGUAAAAGUUAUAGGUAUACUGUGUUUAUCACUGGCUCAUUCUUAAAGUGGAUCUAGGUCUAUUGAUUUUUACUUCCUUUGCAAAGAAACAUUGAGGUGAGAUCAUUCUGUAAGUUCUCUUUACACAAUAGUACCUGAGUUUAAUAUGUAGUGG